AUGCCAAGGACAACAGGUGUGAGGGACCAGAUGUGGAGCUCUCUGUCACAACCUGGUGGAGAAGGCUUUAGCUUUGCCCUCCGUUUUGCAGCCCACCCAGCCCGUAGCUGCAGGGAGCCCUGAGGACGCUUGAGACCCGCCCCGCCCGAACCCGGGCGGUUUCCGAGAGCGCACUCCGCGGGCUCCGCGCCCCUCCCGGCCUCUGCCAGGGUCCGGCUGGGGCGGAGCUGUGGCCUCGGGACUCUGGAUCCCUGCCCCCGUCAGCCACUCGGUUGCGGACCUCAGGGCAGCAACGCCUCAACCCAUCGCCCCCGCGACUUCCCGAUGGCCCCGCGCCACGCCUGAAGUGCCUGCCCCGCGGCUCCAGCAGGAGGUGCAGGGACCCUAGAGACUGAGCCCCGUCUGGCGCCCCAGGACCGGACAGAGCAGCCUCAUGGCGGAGCAGCUGGCCCUGGUGAUUGGGGGCAUCGUUGGGGGCCUGCUUCUACUGCUGUUGACUGGUGUGAGUUGCUGUCUGUGGAGGAGGUUUUGUGCCACCUUCACCUAUGAGGAGCUGCCAGAGACACCAGCCACCGCCAUCAGCGCUGCCUCCCGCAGACAGGGGGACAAGCGCUGUCAGCUAUAUUCCAGGACCCAGCUGAGCAGGCCAUCAGGUGUGCCAUUCAUCGUGCCCCCUUCCAUCCAAGGCCGAGACUGGGUACCCCUGCAUAACAAAGAGCUGUCCCGGGCCCCACAGGACCCCUGUCUAGCCCCAGAGCUCCUGCCUCAUACCUCCAGCAGCAAUCUUGCCAGACCUCCAAGCCAUUCUGUUGUAGGAGAUGCAGGUGUGGUGGGGACCAUCAACCCAGAGUUGUACAAGUUUCCAGAGGACACAAGUGAAACUGAUUUCCCUGACGGCUGCCUGGGCCGGCUGUGGUUCUCUGUGGAAUACCAGCAGGAGACUGAGCGGCUGCUGGUGGGCCUGAUCAAGGCACGGUUGCUGCAAGCACCCUCUGAGACCUGCAGCCUCCUGGUGAAGCUCCACCUACUGCCUGAUGAGCGGCGCUUCCUCCAGUCCAAGACCAAACGCAAAACUUCCAGCCCCCAGUUUGAUGAACACUUCAUCUUCCAGGUAUCCUGCAAGAGUGUGACCCAGAGGGUGCUGAAGUUUUCAGUGUACCAUGUGAACAGACAGAGGAAGCACCAACUCCUGGGACAGGUGUUGUUCCCCCUGAAGAAUGAGACCCUAGCAGGUGACUGCCACCAUGUCUUCUGGAGAGACCUAGAGGCUGAGAGCCUGGAGCCUCCCUCGGAGUUUGGUGACCUUCAGUUCUGCCUCAGCUACAAUGACUACCUGAACCGCCUGACCGUGGUCGUGCUUCGUGCCAAAGGCCUCCAGCUCCAGGAAGACAGAAGUGUUGUCAGUGUGUUUGUCAAAGUGUCCCUGAUGAACCAAAACAAGUUUGUCAAGUGCAAGAAGACUUCAGCUGUGCUGGGUUCCGUCAACCCUGUGUACAAUGAGACCUUCAGCUUCAAGGCCGAUGCCACCGAGCUGGACACCGCCAGCCUCAGCCUGACAGUGCUGCAGAGCACUGGAGGGGACAGGAGCCACCCUCUGGGCAGAGUGGUGGUGGGACCCUACAUGUACACACGUGGUAGAGAGCUGGAGCACUGGGAUGAGAUGCUCAGCAAGCCCAAGGAGCUGGUGAAGCGAUGGCAUGCACUCUGUGGCCCCACUGAGCCCUGACCCAGCACCAGAACUGCAGUUGUGCUUCAGAAGCUCACUGACUGCACAGUCAUAUGCAGCAGCCACAAGCAAGGACAUUUCAUCCAGUGUCUCACUGGGCCAGCAUGAACCAGGGGUACCCGAAUGCUGAUAGGCAGGAGAAAAGAGGGAACAAGGAGCUCUGCCGGAGUCAGCAGUUGUGACCAGGAGCACUGCCCCCUACCCCCACAACUCACUUCACCCUUCUUUAGCUGUGGGGCUGUGUGGGCCUGGAAUCCAGACUCCUGGUCAUCACAGUCAUGAUGUGAUAUCAGGUGUCAGGUGUUCAGAAGAAAUAUUCUAUUUAGUGAUGGCAUAUCUGAUUGGAAGUACAGGAUGAACUUAGGUCCCAUCAUCUUGAUGGAUUCCCAUAGCCUGAUAUGUCUCAAAUUCUGAUGGCAUGCAACUCUGGCAGAAAGAAGUCCUUUGCAUGUCCAUAAAACCAUUUUAAAAUAAACUAGCUAAUUUCUACCAAAAAUGGUGAUAUGAUUUAAUGGGAUUUUAGUAAGCACAUAGACCAAUAUGGUGGUCAUUUGAUAACUUUAGAAUAUUGAAUCUUUCAUUCUAUUAACAUGGUAUAUCCCUAAAUUUAAGUUUCUAAAAUUUUUCUUAUCACACUUUUGGGCAAAGUGUUCUUACACAUCUUUCUGUAAAUUUAUUCUUAGGUGUUUUAUAUUUAUCUAUUGCUAAUAUAAAGAGAUUCUAGUGAUACAUAAGUAUGUUGAUUUUAUAUCUAGUGUGUUGAUGCUACACUGCAUUACAUUUCAACUGCGGUUUCUCCGCCUUCUGCCUAGCAGAGAACAUACACUUUUCUGGAUGAUGUAACUGGGAGAAUGCUGGGAGCAGCCCACCCAUGGACAAAAUGGCAGAUGAGCUGUCAGAGAGGCUCACUGUGCUAGGUGAGGAGGGUUUCACUUGUUUGUUAGGCCCCCUCCCAGGACCCAGCUCUUGCCUAUGGCACACCCUCCCCAGGGUCCAAAACCUCAUACCUCUGAUCUUGCAGAUGAUCUGCUGCUGGAUUCUAUGGUACCUUGGUUAAUAUCAUCAGUUGCUGGGGCUGUCACUUUGGGCAGGAAAUGGUAAACACAUGGGGCCAUAGUAUAGUCAGAGAACUCUUAUAAGCCUAGCAAUUCCAGUAUGAUUAUUGUGCUAUGACAAGUAUAAAAUUCAUUAAGGUGGCAGUUCCCACAAUCGCUGUCACCAAUUCCCCAGAAGUUGUACUUAAGUUAAUGAGCAGUCAUUGUGCUUGUCACUGCUACUCUGACAGUUUUUGCACCUAAUAUUGCAGAGCUUGUAGUCAAUGCAUUGUUAUUGUAUAACUUGAACAGAACUUUGAACCUGUGUCUUUCCUUUCUUACGCAGUGAAGCAACUUCAUCAAAAGAAGGUGGUGACUGUUGUGCUGAAUUUGUGCCUCUUUGACUUCAGUUCCGAUCUCUGUCAAUACACAAAUAUAAGCAUUGCCUGGCAUUGGUCCAUAUCAAUAGACUAUCUUGUGUCUGCUUUGUCUCACUCAUUUCCCUUGCACAUUUUCAACGUAAUCCACACCAUAGUAGUUUUUUUCCAACAGUUCCAUAGUAGAGUCAUAAUAGGAGUCCUUUAUAUGUUGGUAGACAAGACUACUAAAGUGGAACUGUUUCUGUUUUUCUGGGGUCCUGAGACUAUAGGUACCAACCAACCCUAUAGGCUUAUGAUCAGUAAUGGCAUGUCUAAGGUCACUUGGAAAAGUUAAUAAAUGUUCUCUUUGCAGAACAGAGUAUACUGAUGUCUUUGAUUCAUCUCUAAGAAAUCUAAAUUGCAGGGGACUAUCAGGCUAUCUACUCAGAUGGGAAGGAAGAAGGGAUUGCUGCAUUGGGAUACAGACAUGAUCAGGGCAAAAAAAAAAAAAAUAGAUAUGUGCUUCCCAUGGGUCAGUGCUUCC